UUUAAACACACCAGUUACACGUACACCCGUCCCAACUAAUAUAAAGCCAAAUGAAAUCUUUAGAAAAGAAAAAGGGAAAGAAGACCCAUAAAUAAGAAGCAUAGUUAAAAAUCAAACAGUGUAGUCUAGUGUUAAUAGGCGCUAAAAAACAGAUGGCGAGUUCAUCGUCAUCAUCAUUAGAUGCUAUAAUCGAAACCCUAAGUAGCAAAGGCUGGUGUUUCCGAGAUGUUGAUCAUAUUAAAACCCUAAUCCAAACACCACCUUCACCCACUGCUAUCGAAUCGGAGCUUUGUAACUUGGACUUACGAUCAUUCGGAGCCAAGUUUUUACCCGACCCAGCUACCCUCCGCAAAUCUUCUCAUUUUCAAGGCCCAAAAGUCCUUCAAGUAACUUCUGUAAGGGAUAUAAGUAAAAGUAGCAUAGCUGAGAGUGCUUCAGGUGGUAAACGGUUAUUGAGGUUGAAGCUUACUGAUGGACAUUCCGAUGUAAUUGCUAUAGAGUUUGCUCAUAUACCAUCCAUUCCAGAUAAUGUAGCUCCCGGCACAAAGGUCCGCUUGGAAAAUAAGGUUGUAAUGCACAACGGUAUUUUAUGCUUGAAUGCAAAGGUAGUAACUGUUCUUGGAGGUAUUGUUCCAUCAUUGUAUGAAGAGUGGGAGAUGAACCAAAAAUAUGCAGGGUUUACCCGCUCAAGCUUAAAGCCGUCACAUAGUGAUGACACAGGUGGCCCACCACCUUUUGAGAAGCUUCAGGCCGGGGCACCUUCACGUCGGAUCAAUCAACAUAGCAGAUCUUCUGAUAAUUCUAUAGCAAAAGCUUCUGGACCCACCGUUAUUGAAAAGGGUCAAAGGUCUGGUCCUUCACAGACAUCUGGAUUACGACCUCCCGAUCUGAAAGCCGGUAGUAGGGAUCAUAAUGUAAAUUCAGGUUCUCUUACUGAGAAAACCAAUGAAAAACAGCCUGCUUCUGAAGCAAGACCAAAAGAAGUAGCCGAGUCUGUCCCUGUACAAAAUCAGGCUGCUGCACAAAAACUUCUUCAGAAAAUGAGUAACCGCAAUGAAGGACAUUCUAGAGGUUGGAAACAAAGAGGAAGGGGUAAGGAUGAGGAUGAUUCUGCUGUUCUAACUCUAGAUGAGUGGGAGAGAAAAAGAGCCGGUGGGAGCUCCUCAUUGAUACAAGAAAUCCCUAAAGUUAAUCAAGAUGAAGAUCUUGCACGUCAGCUGCAAAACCAGUUUGAUUUAGAAGACUUUCAUGAGCAGAGGGGCCCUCAUGUGACACAAGCAGAUGAUAUCAGAACGAGCAUGUUUAGUUUUGAAAGAGAUGAUCCUGGAUCCCAUGGUAGGGGUGAAUUUAGAGGAAGAGGAGGGGGAAGAGGCAGAAGAAGAGGGAGGGGUCGUGGCAGAGCUGGAUAAUAUGAGGAAUCAUGUUAGCAUCCUUUAUAAUCAGAAAUGAGGUCUUGUUAAACACCAGAAGAGAUGAAUGUGUUGUGUGCUCUUUCGUGUUUAUUUGAAUGUGGCUUCAAAUGCUCGGAUGAGCUUAUGUAUCAUGGCGACAAGAGAUAUAUGUACCAGAAGUUUAUGCUUCAUACAAAGCGUAGCUCGUUGUACAAAGAGUAGUCUUGCAAUACAUUUUUUUGUUUUGGACAUUAACAUUUGGUUUCUGGUUACAAAUUCCUUAUCGUUUUGUAAUGAUUAGUUCUUUGGGUGUGCAACUAUAACGAGGUGACAAAAUGAACAGGUUAGGUAAUAGGUGUAAACAGUGUGGUUGGAUUGGAGAUUAGACCAUUCUAUUAAAUUUUAUGGAAAAUGAAUGAAGAUGCAUCGAUUCUUAGUAGUAAUAAA